UAACGAGAAUAAUUAUUUUUGUCAACAACUAACAACAAUCAUUAGGGUUAGAAUCUAAUGAUGAUAAUUAUAAAAUAGUAAUAAAAAUUAAUAAGAUUAGUUGGUAGUUGGUUAAUUAUAUAAAUUAAAUUUGCCAGUAUUUUUUGACACGGUUUUGGUUUGGUUUAAAGACCCAACUAAUUGGACAGAACAUGCGCUUACGUCCAUUGUCUUCUACAAUAUUUUAACUAGUUAUUUUAUAGAAAAAUAAUUGAAAUCUACGUGAAUACUAAUAGAGUAAUAGAAAUUUCCAGACGCCAAAGCCAAAGGAUCAGGACUAGUAAACAUUCUUAUGCGAAAUAUAGAAAGUCUGGGUUGUUGAUUCAAAGUAUAAUAUUCGGAUAUUUCCAUGUUAGCAAAUACAACUACUAGUUAACAUCAAUAAGAUUCAUUAAAGUUACGAAAAAAAAUAAGAUUCAUUAUAUAUUACAGGUUUUGUUAUGAUUACGACUUCUUUUAAAUGGCAUAUCUAAGCUGAAAAAACGAUAUUUAACCUGACCAAUUUAUAUCAAAAAUUUCGUUCCAGUUAUAAAUGAAGCUACUCAAAUACAAAUUUCAACUAAAAUAUUUUGGUUCUGCAAUUCAAGCGGUCUUGGUUCACCAAGCCAUGUGUGAUAGAUUAAGCACAUGCCAUGGGAUUCUAAUCACAUUUGAUAUCCCUAACAAAUGAAAAACAUAUUAUGAUAAAAUCAUCUUGAUUAUUCUAACUGAAAAAAACUACUAAUACAUUUUAAAUUAGAUAACUUAUUUAUCCUACUAUUCGAGUUUACCAAAAUAGAUUUGAUACUGAUUGCAUCAUUGGGAGAAGCUCUUUAGGCACUAUGUGGCGAUUUCCAAGAGAAUGUAUUUCCCCACAAGAUUUAUACAUCCAAACAUAUUAAAUUUCUAACAUAAUGUAGAUAAAAUCACCCAUAGUGUAUUUCAUGUAACAUUGUUUUAUCAUAAACGUGGUACAGAUAAUUCUGCCACUCGUAGAUCCACAUGUUAUAUAUAGAGAAGGUUGUUUGAUCUAGGUAGUCAGAUUUGUCCACGGUAGAGAUCUUCGUUUGUAGUAUAAAUGUAUAAUAUAAAGAUCAACAGUUUCUAAUGAUGAUUUAAAGUGACAGUGAAAUGGUUAUUUUGAUCGCAACCACGGUUAGUGUAAGUACAUACUUCCUACUAGAAUAUACCAUAUUUAUACCACAACGGAAACAUCAAUUAUAUUGUGGUUCAACAGUUAUACCUUCAAAUGGUCUAACCGCUCUCUCACCGUUUCAAACCUAAAAUAAACUAACCAACCAACUUAGCAGCCUUACUGUAGGAGUCAAUGAUCUAUGUCUCUCUCUCUCUGUCCUCCAUAUUAUAUAUAUACCACAAUGGUUCCAUGAUCUUCCAAAUCGGAGCAUACAGAAAACAAAAGAAAGAAAGGUUUUUUUUUCUUGGGCAUAUCCCAAGUUUCCUUUUGUCUUUCCUUCUUUAUUUUUUCUUCUGGAUAUAAUUCUCCAAGAAGAAAACAAAACCCUUAUUUCUAAAACUACAUCAAAGUUGAUCGUAAUGGGAAACUGUUUAGUCGGAAAGAAGAUUGCAAAUGUUACUGAAGAAGAAGAUCGAUGUGAAGAAGUGAUAGCGAAGAAAGAUUACAAAGGGAAAGAUCGCAAAGUGAAGAUUGUUAUAACGAGAGAUGAGUUAGAGAAACUCAUACUUUUCCAGCUUAACGCAGACGGUGCAGCUAAAGGAGGAGAUGCCACGUUGGCUUCUUUUGGAGAUUUUCUAAGAGAACUCGAGGCGGAGAGAGUAGCCGGAGAAGCUGCGGCUGCGGCUGCAGAGGAAGAGAAGUCUCGCCAAAGAUUAUGUAGGAGGUGGAGACCGUCGUUGGAGAGUGUCAUCGAAUGGCCUGAAGAAGUAUAGUACUCUUUAUUUUAUUUUAUUUUCCUAUUAUUCAAGGUUUUCAAAUAUUUUAUUUUUCUACUAAAAGAAAAGGAUUUUCUUUUUGGAAAUUUACUUUUGCCUGUUUUUUCUAUACGACUUUUUUUUUCCGAGAUCGUUUUUGGCAUCUAAGAUCUUGGGUUUUUGAAAUGGGCAAUGGUGUAUUACCAAAAAAAACAAUCCGAAAAAAGAUUUCUAUGUUUUGUUUGCCUUUGUAAUUUUGUGUGUCAUCGUUAAUAAUGUUCAUAGCUCUGAGUAUAAUCGUUGGCUAUCAAGUUUGUCUUCCUCCCAUGUGUAAUAAUGUAAUAUUAUCUUAAGCAAAAAAAUAAAAAAAAAAUAAUAUUGUCAUGUGCUCUCUUUGUUGCUUUUCAAUGCUUGUAAUUCAACCAAAGUACUCUUACAAUUACGAACCAAAUCGGCCAGCAACAUAAACUCAAAGAAAAAAAACAUCAAAUAGGAUAGCAACAUAAACCCAUAAAAACAUCAGUAGGCAUCUAUAGAUUAACCCAUACAAAUGUGAUCUCUUUAUGUUUUACUAGAGAUUUUACCGCGCUAUGCGCGGUUUGUUUGUCUAUAAACAUUAUAUAAUAUUAAUGUUAAAUAUAACUUAAACCUUAGAUUUUUUUUUUAAAAAAAUAAGUAUGUUUUUAAAAUCUUAUAUCAUUUAUUUGUUUCGAAAUAUUUUAUUUGUUGAACAUAUCAUUAAUUUAUGUUAACAUAUUAAAUGUUUCUAUUAAUCUUUUAGUAAUCAUGUUUAAAUCUUAAAAUUUAUAAUAGUCUACAUUUAAUAAAAUAAAAAUGUUUUCUAUUAUUUUAUGUAUAUUAUAUAUUUUUUAUAGAUCAUUUGAUUGAUUUUAAAUUAUUUUUGAAAUAUAGGUAAAUAACCUUUAUUUCAUAUAAAUAUAUAAUUUUAUAAAUAUGUAAUAAUUUUAAUACUUAAAUCUGUAAAUUUUGAUGACCAAUAAAAUGAUUCAGUAAUUCUUUAAGCUUUGAAGCCAUAAUUUAUUUUCAAUAACCUUUUUUGGUAUUUAUUUUUUUGUAGAUAAUUAUUUGUUAUAAAAAUGUGAUAUAUGUAGUAGAUUUCAGGAUGAACCGAGUCCAUUUUUAUUUACUGCAUAAAAGUACUUUGGAUAGAUUGCAUUACACAUAUGCAGAUAUAUUAGUCAUCGGUAAAUUUUAAAAAAUUAUAACCUUGGAAUAUUGUUUGUAUAUUACAGUAGAAACUUAUUUCCACUAUUCUUAAGCUUACGAAGGUGUUGGAAUAGGAAGAUGUAAUUUAGAUUUUUUUUUAAUUGUAAAAAAUUCUCAAUGCAUUAAUUGGUGAUGGUUUAACCUAAAUUCUUAUAAAUAAAGAUGGAAAAAAUAUAAUGGUAUAUUGAUAGAUUGAAGGUAACAAUUAAAAAAAAUGUAAAUGCGUUUUACUGAGAAUCAAAAGCAGCUCUAAAGAAUUUAUUAAAUUCAUUAAUUUUUAUCUUAUAAUUUUGUGAUUAAAACAUAUUUAAGCUUAUUUCUAUUUUAUAUUGACAUAUAUGUUUUUUAAGAAUGUCAUCACUUUUAAAAUUUAAUUUUUUCUUCAUGUAUUUAAAAUUUAUUAUAUUUUAAUAUUUAAUUAAAAUAUUGUGUGUUAAUUUUCAAAAACUUAACCUAGAUAUUUAGUUAAUUUCUUCUAUGUACUUUUUAGUCAUUUUAAACUGAUUUUAAACCUUUUUGGUUUUGAGAAAUUGGUUUUAACUUUAUUUUGACAUAAUUAUUUUUGAAAGUUAGUGUAUGUAAUUUUGUCAUAUAUCACAAAAUAUAAGAAUUUAUGGUUAACUAAUGUAAAUAUAAAUACUUUUAAUUGUUUUUUUGGAAAUUUUCAUUUAUUUAAAAUUAUGUUUUUUGAAAAUAGUGAAAUUCUGACUUGUAAUUUUUUUUCUCAUAAUAUUUUCUCUUUAGUGAGAGUUUAGGAAGUUUAACUUGUUUUAGAGAAGAUAUAUGGGAAAAUUACAUGUUUACCACUUUUAUGGUAUCACUUUUCAUUUUUACCACCACUAAUGAGACAUUUUCAAAAAUAACUUC